CGCCCACCGCCGCCAUGCGCUGGGUGCGGGCGCUGCUGAAGAAUGCGUCCCUGGCAGGGGCGCCCAAGUACAUCGAGCACUUCAGCAAGUUCUCCCCGUCCCCCUUGUCCAUGAAGCAGUUUCUGGACUUCGGGUCCAGCAAUGCCUGUGAGAAAACCUCCUUCACCUUCCUCAGGCAGGAGCUGCCUGUGCGUCUGGCCAACAUCAUGAAGGAGAUCAACCUGCUCCCUGACCGGGUGCUGAGCACGCCCUCGGUGCAGCUGGUGCAGAGCUGGUACGUCCAGAGUCUCCUGGACAUCAUGGAGUUCCUGGACAAGGACCCCGAGGACCAGCGCACCCUGAACCAAUUCACCGAUGCCCUGGUCACCAUCCGGAACCGGCACAACGAUGUGGUGCCCACCAUGGCGCAGGGUGUGCUCGAGUACAAGGACGCAUACGGCGACGACCCGGUCUCCAACCAGAACAUCCAGUACUUCCUGGACCGCUUCUACCUCAGCCGCAUCUCCAUCCGUAUGCUCAUCAACCAGCACACCCUCAUCUUCGACGGCAGCACCAACCCAGCCCACCCCAAGCACAUCGGCAGCAUCGACCCCAACUGCAACGUGUCUGAGGUGGUGAAAGAUGCCUACGACAUGGCCAAGCUCCUGUGUGACAAGUAUUACAUGGCCUCACCUGACCUGGAGAUCCAGGAGGUCAACGCGGCCAGCUCCUCGCAGCCCAUCCACAUGGUCUACGUGCCCUCCCACCUCUACCACAUGCUUUUCGAGCUCUUCAAGAAUGCCAUGCGGGCAACCGUGGAGAGUCACGAGUCCAGCCUAGUUCUCCCACCCAUCAAGGUCAUGGUGGCCUUGGGUGAAGAAGAUCUGUCCAUCAAAAUGAGUGACCGAGGUGGGGGUGUCCCCUUGAGGAAGAUCGAGCGACUCUUCAGCUACAUGUACUCCACAGCACCCACGCCCCAGCCUGGCACUGGGGGGACCCCGCUGGCUGGCUUUGGUUACGGGCUCCCCAUUUCCCGCCUCUACGCCAAGUAUUUCCAAGGAGACCUGCAGCUUUUCUCCAUGGAGGGCUUUGGGACCGAUGCGGUCAUCUAUCUCAAGGCCUUGUCCACGGACUCGGUGGAGCGCCUGCCUGUCUACAACAAGUCAGCCUGGCGCCACUACCAGACUAUCCAGGAGGCCGGCGACUGGUGUGUGCCCAGCACAGAGCCCAAGAACACGUCCACGUACCGUGUCAGCUAGGGGCCCCACUCACCUGCUCCUGAGACGACGGACUGCUCUCUCUGGGUCCGGCCACCAUGGUGACCCUCCCCAUCCCCCGAGGGGGGGCAGGUUCUCCCUGAUGACCUCAUUCUUUACGGGAAUCACUGCGAUGACCGGUCUGUGGUGGUCCCUAAGUGCCAAUCCGUCUUUGUGGAGACCUCUAGGUGGUCUCCAGGACGUCCAGUCUCUGUGGGCGAUGCCUGAGGGUUGAGGAUGUCUCUACCUGAUGGGGCGUCCCAGAGACACUUUCCAAUGGCAGUCCUCCUCUCCGAGACCAGGGCUGUCACUUUCCUGCCAGGGGCCCUGGGUCCCCCUAACCACCCUCCACAGCCUUCCAUGUGGAUGCCUGGCUUGCCUCAUGCCCAACCCAUAGACACCUUGGCCCUGGUCCACGGUCAGUAUUAGCGACGGGCCUGGGGCCCCCCAGGCCUGGGGAGUGGGUGGGGGAAAGGGGUUACACCCUUAACCCCUGGUCAGAGACCUGGUCCUCUAGCUCCUCCCUCCACUCUGGGGUUUAAGGUCAUGGUUGGGGGUUCUGACUUAGGACCCAGCUCUGCAGUGGAGGAGGCUGAGAAGACUGAGAUGUGGCCCACGGCCCUGCAGGUGGCCAUGGCAGUGUGUGUGCCACCUUGUGAGCCCUUCCCAGCAUGUCCUCAUGAGCACACAGCCACCGCCCACCCACACCCACUCAGCUCUGCCUGCACACCAGCCCCAGCCCCCACGCCUGGGCAUACAUGCCCGGGCGGCACCUCCCUGGACACUCUGUGUAUAUAGCUAGUUUUAUAACCCCGAACGCCCUGCCCUUCCCCUUAGCACAUAGGGGUUAGAGCUGUGUGCCCCUCCGGUGGCUGUGAUGGUGACAAUGGCAUCCACAGUAAAGAGACAAUGAGACUGCG